GACUAAUUAGAUAAUCUGCAUAAGUGUCAGCACCUUUGUUCAGGUGGCGACCCUUUGUCAAGUCAGCAGGAGUGAAACAGACUUUCAGGAGCCAGUGAUGAAGUCCAUAAUCUCUGACCUACACUUGAAGUUUGCAGAGAAGACAUGGAAUGAAACCUUUCAGCUUGUAAGAAGAUGCAUGGAAAAACCCAAAGAUGAGUCCAAACACUACGAGCCACUUGUUAGAUCUCUGGAGAGGCUUCAGGAAGUGUUUAAUGUGUCCUCUAUGAACACCAUGAGGUCUCGUCUGGAAAUGAUCGCCAGUCAACAAGGAAUGGGCUUUCACAUCACCGAGGCCACGUGCUACCUGACAGCCGAUUUGUUCUACCUGGAGGUGGUGUUGCUGCCGUGUGGCGGGGUGGAGGAAGUGAAAGUAGCCCCACAUGGAGGAUCCCCUGUGCCCAGUGAGUCCCUUCUUCAGCUGCUGAGGUCAAAAGAAUUUGCUGAGUUCUCCAUGAAGCUGGCAGGACUGGUCAACCAGUACAACAUCCCAGGAGACAAUGAAAACAAAUUAAAAUUGUUUACAUCUCUGCAAUGCCUCGGGAAGGACUUACAGAAAAUAUCACAACUGCAUAGGGUGCCGGAGGACUCUGACCCCGAGAUGGACGUGAUUAACAAUGGCAGGAUUGGGCUUCUGAUAGCUGGAAAAGAAGAUUGCCCCCUGACGAUCCAGUUCUAUAUCACCCCAACUGAUGAAAUGAAGACCUCAGAUUUAAAAAUGAUCGAUACAGAGAGAGUCAUCCAGGCAGCCCAGGUGACUGUAGGUGUCAGCGAUGCGACCCACAAGCUUCAGAUGGCAUCUGUGCUCCCGCAGCUGGACCCCCAGGGUUCUCCUGUGUUCCUGCCGUUAAGUGAGGCGCCACAUGAGUCGCUGCCUGCCUGCUUUCUCCUCAAACUGCAGCCGGCCAUACCAAUGAUGUCGUCUUUUGUAAACAAGUUCAAACAAACUACAGAUGUGGCCAUACCAGACGUUGACCUGCAGUGGGCACCAUUACCCCAACUUCUGAUGAGACGCUCAAGUGCAAACAGCCAUGGGGAGACAUUAGAUGAGGAGGAUACUGCUUUUACAGUGCCUCUUCCUGGUGGUGUGAUGCACAGUUACAUCCUCCCCGGAGCUGCAUGGGAGGUGCCUGCUCAGAGAGGGACUGUCAUGGACAGUAUUCCCUUCACCCACCCUGCCCACAUCCCGGGCCUGCUGGAGCUGCUUCGACAUCAGUGUGCCAUCAACACCCUGCUGAGGAGCUGCUUCACCUCUCAGUGUGCUGGAACAGGUUCAGUUUGUGACCUGCACUUUGAAGUCCGUCCAGAGACUGAGACCAGUUUUUCUGUGACCUUCCACCGACCUGACACUGACUCCCUCGCUGUUUUGCUGGUGAAUGUACCCAAUGCUCGUGAGAUCAUCUGCACUUUGUUCGGAGCAGGAAUAAAGGAUCCCUGUACAGAUGAAUACCUCUCCAAUGUCAUGAGAAGGUUCAUGUCCGUUCCCGUGACCUUGAGGACAUUAUACUGCAAGCUAGAGGAGAUCACCUCUGCCCCACAUUCUCCCAGCCAUCUGGCCACCACAGAGGCUGAAAAUGACCACUCGGCGCCCUCGAGCACCGCUGUGACUGACACCAAUGGCGCCUUGACCACGUACUCCCAUAGUGCAGCUGUGCCAGAAGACAGCUUCAGUGUUGCUGGUUCGGCCUGCUGUGCCAUAUCUGUUGCCAAAUCUGAGCUCCUUCCUGAAAUAAACUCAAGUCCUGUUGUCAACCCUUACCCGUUCACUGCUGUGGGUGUGUUUUCACACUGGAUGACUAAUGAUGGCCAACUGUCAGAGCUGAUCUGAGACUGUAUGUUUACAUGUGAUGACCUAAAGGUUAAAAUGUGUCA